CUCUGGCUGCCCGAAUAGAACGUCGGUGUGAGCGCAUGCGCAUCACAGUCCUUGUUAGACUGAGGGUGUUGAUUUACAAGCUGCAACAUUUUUGUGAGAAAAAUAUAUUUUAAAAUUCAAAUACAAUAAAGGAACGAAUGUGCUUCAGAAAACGAAACUGCUACCGUCCUCCAGAUCACUUUAGUGCAAAAAUUUACACAGGCCCUGUUCCAUCAGAGCAGGACUCUGUGAUGGUGCAGAGUGAAGCUCCACCCCAGUCUUUGGCCCCGCCCCUGCCCCCACCCACACAGCGCCCCAGCUCUUGCUGCUUCUGUUGGUGCUGCUGCUGCAGCUGCUCCUGGUACGGCCUACCACCACGACAGGCCUGCUGCAGGAGUGAAGAGGAGCGCAGAGUCAGGAGGAAGAGAUGGGAGACUAAGCUGGAGACCCUCAGUAACUGUGAAGCCUGCUCCAAACCCUCGGCGGAGGAGAUGCGUUUGUGGGCGGAGUCUUUCGAGUGUCUGAUGCGGAACCCGGCGGGCCGAAACCUGUUUCGUGAGUUCCUGCGCACGGAGUACAGCGAGGACAACAUGCUGUUCUGGCUGGCCUGUGAGGACCUCAGACAGGAGCACAGCAAGACGGCCAUCCUGGAGAAAGCCCAGCUCGUUUAUGAGAACUACGUUUCCAUACUGUCCCCUAAAGAGGUGAGUCUGGACUCCAGGGUUCGGGAGGUGAUUAACCAGAGGAUGCAAGACCCCACAGCCCACACCUUUGACGAGGCGCAGCUGCAGAUCUACACCCUCAUGCACAGAGACUCUUACCCCAGGUUCCUCAGCUCUUCUGUGUACAGGUCCCUCCUUCGAAACGGCUCCUGCUCCUCCUCUCUGUCAUAGGCCUGGCUGUCCGUCACAGGCCACACCCACAGUCAUGUCAUGGGGACUUCACACACAGCCCGCCAAGAGAAACCACUAGUUCUCUCUCUCUACACCUACUACUUAUUUACCCCCUUGUGCUCUGUACACACACACACACACACUUUGUGUCUAUGUCUGCUGUGUCUACCUUAGUACAAUGUCAGUUGUAGACCAGGGAGCAAGCCAGCAGAUCCUAAUAAUCAGACAUCACAACAUAAUAGUGUCACGUCAGCGUGAGACUGGGUCUGUGCCUGCUGUGGACUUUUUGUUCACCUCUUGUGUAGCUGGGAUUUUAUAUUUGGGAGCUAACGGUACACAAGACAGAAAUCUGGGCAUCAGUCAGAUGCUGAGAAACUUAUGAGUGUGUGUAUGAAUGUGUGUGUGUGUGCGUGCACACCUCUGGGAGUGCUUGCCUUUCAUAAGAAAUGCAGACUUGGGGCAUUCGUACAACAAAAAUGUAAUUUUUUAAAAAUAAUCUUGACCAUGAAAACGCACUCCAACCUGCUCAGUAUAAGGUCUUGCACAGUUACGAACUGUUUAACUGUUUAACAUUCAGCUUCUGUUGAGAUGGGCAUCCAGCAUACGAAACUCAAGUCCGGUCAGGUUCUGCGUGUGGUUCGGGUGCAGUACCGACUGAACCGCUCUGGGCCUGGUUCUGCGUGUGGUUCGGGUGCAGUACCGACUGAACCGCUCUGGGCCUGGUUCUGCGUGUGGUUCGGGUGCAGUACCGACUGAACCGCUCUGGGCCUGGUUCUGCGUGUGGUUCGGGUGCAGUACCGACUGAACCGCUCUGGGCCUGGUUCUGCAUGUGGUUCGGGUGCAGUACCGACUGAACCGCUCUGGGCCUGGUUCUGCGUGUGGUUCGGGUGCAGUACCGACUGAACCGCUCUGGGCCUGGUUCUGCGUGUGGUUCGGGUGCAGUACCGACUGAACCGCUCUGGGCCUGGUUCUGCGUGUGGUUCGGGUGCAGUACCGACUAAAACGCUCUGGGCCUGGUUCUGCGUGUGGUUCGGGUGCAGUACCGACUGAACCGCUCUGGGCCUAGUUCUGCGUGUGGUUCGGGUGCAGUACCGACUGAACCGCUCUGGGCCUGGUUCUGCGUGUGGUUCGGGUGCAGUACCGACUGAACCGCUCUGGGCCUGGUUCUGUGUGUGGUUCGGGUGCAGUACCGACUGAACCGCUCUGGGCCUGGUUCUGUCCCUGUGCUCAAUACUGGCCUCAGAUCCUCCUGUUCGCCCCAGUCCACAGUGUACAAUCAGCGCCAGCUCAGUUUAUGUACUGUCUGUUUAAUGCCAGACAAUGUGCCAAAUUACCAGAUAUUGUAUAUGCAAUUUUCAUUUACCAAAAGUUACCCAGAGUGCUCCUAUUGUCAUCCUGGUGGCCAUUAGGAGUGUUUUCGUCACAUCUCCAUGUCACCACAACAGCAGCCAUUCAGGAGGGCUCCCGUUAAUAUGCUGUGCUUUUCUUUUCCUUAAUUCAUACUUCUGAAUUGUAGAUUUAUCACUGUACUGGUGCCAAAUGUUUGAACAAAGCACUCUUUCCCAUUUUUAGAAUGGGCAUGUAUAUAUUUAUAUAACUUCCAUUGUACUGUAUAUACAUACUGUAUCUUUGUACAUUUCUGAAAUAAAUUCAUAAAUAAACGUAUGGCUUAAAAAUAGCAUUAUAUAAACAAUAGCUCUGGGCAGUCACUGUUCCCAAUCAUGUGAUAUGUUUAGCUUUAAAACAAAGUGAUAAGAAUGUACACUGAUUUGUGAUUUUGGCAGUGGUACUCUCAUGAUUAGGUUUUUUUAAUCUAAUGACAGGCUGUGUAUUUACAGAAAGCCAGACACCUGGGCGUCUUUAAUAUAGGGCAGAGGUGCUUAUCCACAGAAGGUCUUUUCACUUGCAUUUAUCUGGCUGGUUGUUUUCUGAAGCAGUUUUGUCUUUAAUCUUGCUUUCACACGUCAAGAGCAGCAUCUCACCCUAUAUCAGAUGCAAAAGCUGCAUAUAGCACAGGUAUGUGUGCAGGUGGUUAUGCAGCUGUGACACAUAUGUGUGCAGAUGUUAUGCAGGUGUGACACUGGUAUGUGUGCAGGUGGUUAUGCAGGUGUGACAGGUAUGUUGCAGAUGGUUCGCAGGUGUGACAGGUAAUUGUGCAGGUGGUUAUGCAGCUGUGAAACAGGUAAUUGUGCAGAUGGUUGUGCAGGUGUGAAACAGGUAAUUGUGCAGGUGGUUAUGCAGCUGUGAAACAGGUAAUUGUGCAGAUGGUUGUGCAGGUGUGAAACAGGUAUGUGUGCAGGUGGUUAUGCAGCUGUGACAGGUAUGUGUGCAGGUGGUUAUGCAGGUGUGACACAGGUAUGUGUGCAGGUGGUUAUGCAGGUGUGACACAGGUAAUUGUGCAGGCGGUUAUGCAGGUGUGACACAGGUAUUUGUGCAGGUGGCUAUGCAGGUGUGACAGGUAUUUGUGCUGGUGGCUAUACAGGUGUGGUACAGGCAAUUGCACAAGUGGUUCUACAUGCAGUGUGCUUGUGUGGCAAGGUGAUUCUAACAACAGUUAUUACAGGAUUAUUCUUGUUGUAAACCUGGUCUUGUGUUCUUAAGUACAGUCUAAUUACACAGGCAUCAGGGAAGAGCCCAAGGGCGAGGAAUGCUUUGGACACCAAACACACAUGUGAGCGGAGCUUGGGUGUAAAAUCACGGUUGGAUUCCAUUUAUGUUUGCCACUCUGCUUCAGAGACCUUACCUCUUCUCUCUGUUCUUUUUUUCUAGUUUUGUCAAGGAAUCACACCAACGCACAGUACAAUUAUUCUCAGCAACAUUUCAGAGAAUAAGCUAUUUAUUUUAUUUUUAUGUAUGUGUUUUUUACAUUUGAAGAUAUGGAAGGAUGAUGAGGGCCGAGUUCCGUUUUAUUAUUAAAUCUAUCUUCUGAGAGCAGGUGUGCUGCCAAUUAGGGCUUCAGAUACUGGUGCUAUUUCACCCCGUGACCACAGGGGGGUGCUCUGCCACAUUGUGAACAAAGCUGUGCCUCAGCAUCGAUCACAUCACAUUUUGCUCAGUUCUCAGUGUACAGUCAAUGUGAACUCGACUGAUGAAGCUUUUUUUUAUGGAAAUAAAUGAAUUGAGCUUUGCUAUAAAAAA